ACGUCAAUGGGCGGAGUCCACCCUGCUUCCGUGUUGUCAGAAGCUAAGCGAAACAUCAGCGCGACUGAGGUCCGUUCGUCGACGUUGUCGGGGAAAACAGAAUGUCUGUCGGAUCUACUACAAGAACAAGCAACGCGGAACAAUGGGGGGGAUUCGAAGAGCAACUCCUCCAGGGUGGGUCUUCUGCAGUGAUCGACAUGGAGAACAUGGAUGACACCUCUGGUUCCAGCUUUGAGGACAUGGGUGACAUCCACCAAAGGUUAAAGGAGGAAGAGGAAGUGGCAGCAGAGGCUGCAGCCACAGAGGACGACAGCCCCGAUGAUGGACAGUUUCUGGGAAUGAAAGGAAUUAAGGGACAGCUGGGACGCCAGGUGGCAGACGAGGUCUGGCAGGCAGGAAAGCGUCAGGCUUCAAAAGCGUUUAACUUGUAUGCCAACAUUGACAUUCUGCGGCCGUACUUUGAUGUCGAGCCAGUUCAGGUGAGGAGCAGACUCAUCGAGUCCAUGAUCCCAGUCCGAAUGAUCAACUUCCCUCAGAAAAUUGCAGGAGAACUCUACGGCCCACUGAUGCUGGUUUUCACCCUUGUGGCUAUUUUACUACAUGGAAUGAAGACCUCGGGGACCGUCAUUAGGGAAGGGACAUUGAUGGGGACAGCCAUCGGGACCUGCUUCGGUUACUGGCUCGGUGUUUCCUCUCUGAUAUACUUCCUGUCUUACCUGGUCAAUGCGCAGAUCACCAUGUUGCAGAUGAUGUCACUUCUGGGUUACGGCUUAUUUGGCCACUGUGUUGUCCUCCUCAUCACCUACAACAUUCACUUCCACUUCUUGUUCUACAUUCUCUGGCUGCUGAUUGGAGGACUGUCCACUCUGCGAAUGGUGACCGCUCUGCUGUCCCGGACCGUCGGCCAGACUCCUCGCCUGAUCCUCUGUGGAACAAUCUCGGUCCUUCACAUGCUCUCCCUGCUCUACCUACACUUUACCUACCAUCAGAUUGUUGAAGGAUUGCUGGACUCUUUGGAAGGACCAAAUGCCAUGUCUCCAAUGCAGCGCGUUGCUCGAGAUGUUCCGGGCUUGUCCCUCAAUUCCACUCUGCAGUCAAUGGGAGUCUCCAUGACACAAGUGGGGACCCACUGAAAAGCAAACCUGGUUUCUUGUUAAAUCACAACUGUCGGAUUCAACACAACACAGCCUUCUUCCAUUGUCGUAUUUAUUGUUCUGGACUGAAGGAAAAUGUAUGUCUGUGAUAAAUAUCUCGGCAACCUGACUGAGAAACAGGAGAAGCAGGCUGGAGUCUGUACUCUGCUCACCUUUAACCUCAAAGUCUUUCUCAAACCAGUCAAUUGUCUUCACCCAAAAGGACGAGUGUGUCGGAUGUCAUGCUUACAAAAGUAACAGCAGCGUAUGGUGGCAGUCUUCUGUGAUGGGCAGAACCAAAGGUCGUGAUGCAGUUUCCAUUCAACAGUCCUGGGCCUUGCUUCAGAAGCUGUGAGCCCACAGCUGCGCAGCAUGGAGUCUAUAGUGAGAGCCGUGAUGGGACGGGAAGGCGGGACAAGUCACCAUCCAAUCAUUUUGAGGGGGGUGCUUCCAAUGAUGGACCAGUGUUUUAUGGUACUAUCCGUUUGAUGUGCUGACUUGACGCUGCCAUGCACCACCAAAACAACUCCUGUCCUCCAACACCUCCUCCAUGAGUUCAUGAACUGGAUUUAUUGCCCCCAAAGUGAUGUCGUCGCCAGUGCUCAGCAUGAUGGGUUUUCUUCCCGAAAGUGGCUGGCCGAUUGAGUGAUGAACGCAGAGAAGGACUUGCCUAUAGUUGCAGAAAGUUACUGAUGAAGUUUAUUAUUGCUUGUAUGAGGUCAGUGCUUGUCAACUGGUGUGCUGCGGCACAUAACACAUAAUAGACUGUCAGGUGUGCCGUGGGAAAUGAUCCAUUAUCAGCUCAUUUGUCCGGAGGUGGGCGAUGUCAUGGCAUUAAAUCUGAGCAAACAGAGUACAGAGGUGACAUGCAUUUGUUCACAUCUUUGCUCAUACACUACGGAUCUCUGCUGAUGUGUUGACUGGCCUGUCACUCUUUGUGCACACGCACAGAGACACGGGUUUGGAUUGCUAUCUCUGUGGGGACAUUGUGAGGUUUGUCAUCAUGCCAUCACCCUUUCCCCAGCCUCUUGCCCGAUAAACCUGACCAUCCAAAACACAUGGCUCACCUGAACCUGCACUCUUUUUUUUUUUUUUUAAACUUGAUGCGCCUCCAACUUGACCACAGACACCUUGAUGACCGGAUGAUGGGAGUCUUCCUAGUGGGACGUCUCACUUCAGACCGGAUCAGACGUGGCGGGGUCCAUCAUCAGUUAAUAUCGGAGUUGACUCGUAGUGUUACGACGUGACGGAGAAGGUUCGGUCUUGAGUCGCGUGGAUGAUGAUGACCUGCUUGGUUGUGGGUCACAAGCAUAGCGCCUCCAGCUGGGAAGAAAGAAGGACAUGGCCCAAGGCGCAGGGGUGCGAGGCUGCACAGCGCAUCGGACUCAGGCCAGAAUGUAAAAGCCAAACCAAACAAGUGCGCUCCAGAAUGUGAAGAUAGGAAGAAUGGGUCUUGUUUUGAAGCAAGCAGAGGCUAGGAAUGUGAAAGAUUUGUUGUCUGGAAAUGCCUUAAAACUACAAUAACAUCAAGCAAAGGAUGGUAAAUGAGGAACUAAUGUAGAAAUCUGUGAGGAUGUCGACUUUGGACAAGGAGCACUCUGAAGAAGACAAAGACUUGGAUCAGGUCCAGGUACCUUCGGUGGUGUGCCACGACCCCUUUCAGCCAGACAAAUGGUCUUGUGACGUAAUGAAACAUGUAAUUUCACAUUGACAGUACGUUGAUGGUGGUAAGAGUUGUGGCUAGCAGCAGCUAAGAGGGUGACGGGGUUGGUGUCGAUGGUUGUCGCUGCAGCUGUGCGAUCAUGCGGCUAAUGACAACAAGCCAAAGAAGUCCGAGCAGCAGCCGACUGCAUGAUCCAGAUGGCGAAGUUUCCCACAAUUUCAUGCCAUGGCUUUACAUCGCAAGCCAAGCUUACUUUAUCCUUGGACAUUAUAUCCGUCACAAAAUCAUGUUUGCGGUUGUUUACCGUUCUCGAGUAGCACAGCCUUUCACGUUCUUCCAUGCCAAAGACAGUCCCUUCUUUGCUCAUUUCGUCCUCCUUGGCGGAGAAUGACCUGAGAUGAUGCUCUGUGGAUAUGACGGCAUGAACAAGGCAGUGUGAUCACAACACUCUUUCCCUCUGAAUCCUGCGGGAUCACCUCUGCGUCGCCUCGUUUCAACGCCGCACUGUUCAUCCUGGUACCACCUGCAAGCUCCAUGUAGUGGAUUUGGGUUUGAAAGUCUUGUCAAAUCUUGUAAAUUUGUUCAUGUCAGUAAUAAUGUGGGAUGUGGCUCCACAAUCUACCAUUAAUCCGUUUCUCUUGGCAUUGUAGAUUGUUGAAGAAGCAUUUGGCUGACUUUAAUUACUAAUGUUUGUUCUUCUUUUUGACAGAAGUUUGUUUGGCCUCAUCCUGGUUCUUCGAGUGUUUUGUUUCCUCAUCUCGUCGCUCCAGUGUUUGUCUUGCCUCGACCAUGUUUUUCGGUUGUCUUCUGCAUGUCUCAUCAUUGUGGGUUGUGCUCGGAUGAUAGCUGCACCACCUCAGUCCCAAUUCAGUGGCGUCUCUUGCAAUGUGGCCACAUUUUCCACAUGAGUGACAUGUCACAUUUGAUGAACUUACAUGCACUUUCAUUACGUUGUUGGACGUGUUUCUGGUGUCAAACUUCUCUGUUUCUUCUCUGCUUCUUAAUCUGCGUCUAAAUUCUGUGACAGUUAUGUCUUUGCAUCAUGUGCAUUGUAAAUGGCUGACGAUUAGCCCGUUUGCAUUUCUCAGGGAUGUCGCCGCUUUCUCGGCACGGAUGAUGUAAUCCGUGACAGACGUCUUCAGUGAAGUUAGUUCAGUGUAGAGCGCUACCAUCACUGUAGUGUAACUGCUCCUGUAGUAUCUUGACUGCUCUCCUGCCGUCGUCGGUGGCGUCUCUCGCCACCAACGAUAAACUCUCGUCCUUUCUGUCCGCGUCUGGUUCUUGGUGCGGUGGUGUCAGUACUGUGUCCUUCAGUCCUAGCAUUCUUAGGUGUGCAAGGAACGUAACUUGCCAAAGUUCAAAGUUGUUUUCAUCUCCGUCGGAGAUUGGCCUUUGCCAUCUUCCUCUACUCACGCUACGUCUGGGCCCAUAACCUGUUGUGCUUGCAGAC